GGAAAUACAUCGCGAUGUCGGAAAACUCGGUGAAAUUUUCAACAAUCGCGACUUGAAAAAAAUUGGCAACACUGUUUUUUUUUAUAGAAAUGAGAAGUUGCAGUGAACAUAGUGUGCACAUUGACGGUAAUCAGUAGUGUCAAGUAUGGUCGCGGGACCAAUUAAAACUGAUAAACGAGGAUGGAACCAGUUCAUGGGAGUCUUUAUUUUGCAUCUUUUGUUCAGUUUUCCAUAUGCGGCAAAAGCCCAAAGCCGCGCACCUCGAAUCAAAGAGCAUCCUGCUGACACGAUAGUUGGGAGAAGUGAACCGGCGACACUACGGUGCGUGUCUGAAGGCAAGCCAAAGCCCACGAUCCAGUGGUAUAAAGAUGGGGUGCCGCUUGCCCCUACAGAUCACCCUCAUAGGGUGCUGCUUGAAGACGGAUUGCUAUUUCUUAGGGUUAUGCGUGGUAAAAAGGAAAGCGAUGAAGGUGUAUACUGGUGUGUAGCAAGAAAUUCAGUUGGCGAGGCAGUUAGCAAGAACGCCACGCUAACGAUUGCAGUUUUACGAGAUGAAUUUAGAAUUGAACCACGUGAUGUCAAAGUGGCUAGUGGAGAACCAGCGUUACUUGAAUGUUCAUCACCUAAAGGUGGACCUGAACCUUCCGUACAUUGGACUAAAGAUGGCCAAAGUUUAGAUACUGAAGUUAAUGGAAGGAUAUCCGUAGUGAAUGGAGGUAAUCUAAAAAUACUGGAAAGUCUUCCAUCAGAUAGCGGUGUGUAUCGAUGUGUAGCAUCAAAUGUGGCAGGAGAAAGGCAAUCGCGUCCUGCAACGUUACUCGUGUUACGCAGACCACAUUUUCUAGUGAAACCUAAUAAUAUAACGGCGCUAAUAGGCCAGAACAUCGAGUUUCAUUGCCAAGCAUCACCAGAGUCUGAUGUAUCAGUAACUUGGUCACGUGAUAAUGGAUCAUUGUCGCCGUACGCAAUUAUUCGCCGAGGGUCUCUGAGAAUUGAUCGAGUGGUUGCUUCAGAUGCUGGCGCCUACACUUGUCGCGCUGAAAGUCAAGCCGGAUCUAGCGCUACAACUGCUAUAUUAACAGUCAACACAUUACCCUAUUUUACAAGAGUCCCAUCAGACCAAACAGUAUGGGAAGGAGAAGCGGUAUCGUUUCCUUGCGAAGCUGAGGGUUCACCAAAACCAGUUGUAUUUUGGACAAUGGAGGGUUCUCAAGAACUAGUAUUUCCAAAAUCAGCUCAUGGUACGGGGUCAUUGUAUCUGGAUCGGGUAUUAACACAACAUGCUGGCAGAUUGACAUGUGUAGCAGUAAGCGCUGCAGGCAGUGCUUCACAUACAGCAACUCUACAGGUGUUAAGAAGAGAAGCAAAUUCAUUUAAAGGGGAUCCAGAACUUUCAACUCCUCAAACUGAAUUGAGUAAACCACAAAACCAUCCUCCGAUGACUCAAUAUGAACUUGUACAAGCUCGGCGAUAUUUACAACAGGAUGUCUUAGCACUAAGACGAGUGGAAGGAAUCUCAUCGACUACGCUUAAAAUAGUUUGGGAUGUUAUGACUGACUAUAAUGAAUAUCUGGAAGGUGUUAAAAUAUGGUUUAAUGGGACAUCGCUAAACAAAAAAUAUUUAAUACACAAUGCUAACAAUUCGAAUGAUACUGACGAUUCAUUAGCCAAUUUUAUUAAGUACGAAAACUUUUCAAUGACCACAGUCCACAAUAGUGGAUCAUCUAGUCAUAUUCUCACAGGGUUAUUACCGUAUGCACAGUACGACGUGUUUUUGAUGCCAUUUUACAAGUUAUUACUAGGCAAGCCAUCCAAUAUGAAGACUGGAUUUACUGAAGAGGAUAUCCCAACGGCGCCGCCGCAAAGCCUUUCAGCCGGAGUGAUAAAUGCGACGUCAGCGUGGAUUCGCUGGGAUCCGCCUCCCGUACAUACUUGGAACGGUGAACUUUCUGGUUACUUGAUUGAAGUAAGGGUUGGUGGAAGUCCUGGUGGUAAGGUGGUUGGGCAGAUGUCUUUGGGAGCUCGGACUCGAGCAGCUGCAGCUAGUUCAUUGAGGGCUGGAGGACGUUAUGUAGCCCGGGCAGCCGCGGUUACUCGCCGAGGUCAUGGGCCUUUUAGCCUACCAGCUCAAAUACAUAUGGUUCCUACGCAAACACAAAGGCAUUAUGUUCAGACUGAGCCAGCGAGAGACAAAGCAAUAUUGUCUAUGUUCCAAGAAACGUGGCUUUUAGCUCUAUGUGUAGUGUUACUAGUCUUGAUUGUAAUCGGAAGCGCAGUUAUAGUCUUCAUUCGACGAAGAAAUACAAAGCAGAGAAAAAGUCAAAAUAAUACUGAUAAUUUUAUUUCUGGUGCUGCAAUUGCAAACGCUCAACAAUGUUUGUUAGGAAAAGAAGCGGUGUGGCUCCGAGAACGGCCAUUGUAUGAAGGUUCGAACGAACCUAGAAUAGAAAUUUUAAAUUGCCAUCAAAGUCUUUUACAUGGUGGACAUUCCAUAGGGACAAUGGCUAUGGAAGCAGAGUACACGUUGCCACAACAUCCGCACAUGAACGCAAUGCCUCAAGAAGAACACAGGAGAAUCGCACCAGAGCCGUACGCUACAAGUGCCAUAUAUACUGAACUAAAUUACAGGGAUCACACUGACGCAGAAGAUUCUUGUGUGAAAUGUGCCAUAAGUCCAGGUUCCUAUGAUAACAGCAUGGUACCUCGAUCCUAUGAAAGUAAUCAAUAUUCCAAUGAAGAAUGUUCGACAUGCUGUAGAAGUAGUAGCUCCACUUUAACUAAAGAAUACAGUGAAAUGACUAAAUGUGGAAAUGACGAUGAAGUUCAAGAUAUGUCAAUGGAAGAUUGUCCAUCUUGUAAAACUAAUCACUCGAGAUCAUCAAGCCAUCAUGAUGCUAAUAAAGAGUGGGCUGUGGCUGAAUUAGAUUAUGAUUAUCCUCAAUGGCAUUGGUUGGGGAAAGAAAACAGUUUUCGACAAGGAACGCAAGAUAUGAAUCGUUCUAACACGGGAAGGAGUGAAGAAAAAUGUAGGAUGAAUCUAUGCGAUAUAUUGCCGCCACCGCCAUAUGAAAGAGAAACAGACUACAGAGAAAUGCGUGCAUUCGGCAACCAAUCGGGCGCAUCAGCAUGUUCUAGCCAUUCAUAUAGAAGCUAAUUCGAUUUCCAUCGACAAUAUUGUAAACAAAUAUCAUUAGUACGUAAUUCAAGCAAUAAUAAACUAGUAAAUUGUAAAUAUGUAAGAAAGAUCUCUGCAUUAUAUUGAAUGUUAUGGUUAAAUUGGAAGACCGUUACACC